AUGGCCGCUUUGCCCGAUCUUACCGACUGGCUUGUCGACUCCAACGAUGCGCUCAAUGUGAGCCUGGUUUCUCCGUCCAAGUCUGGACUCCGGCUGGUCGGCUCCUUUCAUCCCAGCUUUACGUAUCCCAUUUUUGGCGACGAGGAGAAGAUAUUUGGGUACAAGGACCUGAAGAUUAGCUUGCGAUUCCGAGCUAAUGAUAUGCGGCCACAUUUGGAAACGACCUACAGCAAAAAACUAAGCCCAUCAGCCGGCGUUGAAGAACCCACCGAUAUCAACGCUGUGCUUCAAACAGGAAAUCACUUGCCCAAAGUCGCUUUCGUCAAGAGCUCCGAUUUCGAGAGUAGCUCUCAGCAGCUUGGCGACAAUUGGACGCCUCCUGGCACCCUACAAGAGACCAUCGACGGACCCGACGGCCAGUAUGAAAUUUGGAAAGGCAGCCUGGAAGACCCGGCUAUCAAGCAGCUGAACUCGCGGAUUCAGAUUCUGGUGCCUAUGCUCAUCGAAGGUGGUUCGUACAUCGGCCAGAACCCCGAGUCGGACUCGUCUGACAUCGACCUGUCCGAUGCAAACCGUUGGACAGUCUUCUUCCUCUACCGUACACAAAAGUCAGAUGAUGAACCGGAUAAGAAGUCAUACGUCUUUGUUGGAUACUCGACUGUGUAUCGAUUUUUCUACUUUGGCCGACCUCCUACUCCGCCACCAGAAUCCGGAGACAAGUGGGAAUUGCCAGAUGGAAGCUUUGACUUGUCAAACCUUCCAUGCAGAACUAGGCUCUCUCAAUUCAUUAUUUUGCCACCAUUCCAGGGCAAAGGCAAUGGAGCCAAGCUGUACAAAUCAAUAUUCCAACACUACCACAAACAUGACCAAACGCACGAGUUCACGGUUGAGAACCCGAAUGAAGCAUUUGAUGAUCUGCGAGACGUUUGUGACCUCACCUUUCUCAAGACAAUCCCGGAUUUCGUUGAAUUGAAACUGGAUUCGUCAGUCACGAUUCCCAAGAAGGGUCCUGUGCCCAAUCUGGUUGUUGGAGGAGACAAGCUUGAGGAAAUCCGCUUGAAUGCAAAGAUUGCUCCACGACAAUUUCACAGAGUACUGGAAAUGUACCUGAUGUCUCAGCUUCCUUCAUCUGUGCGACCCUCCAUGGCGCUGGAUGACGACCGUCCAGCCCCCACACAGGCGGAUAAGCACUUGGAAAGGCUGUGGCAACUGAUUGUGAAGCAGAGAUUGUACAGGCACAACAGAGAGGCUCUGUCCCAAAUCGAACAAGCUGAACGCAUCGACAAGCUCCAGGAGACUUUGACUGGUGUUGAACUAGAGUACGCCCGCAUUCUGGCGGCCUAUGAACGAGCUGCUGGCCAUGGUCUUGGCCCCAGUCAAUCGAACGGAAAGCGGAAAUUAGACGAUGAUGCUGGAGAGAAGACCGCAAGCAAAAAGGCAAGAGUAGAAGACGCUUGA